AUCGUCUCAGAAGAAAUCAAACUGUAGAAGAAGGUAGAAGGUAGGGUUUAAGGGCUUUUUAACUUAAGCAUAACAAAUUAGAGUAUUGGCAAAAGCAGUAGCAACAGGAGCAAGAACUAGAGAUGGGAAAUCCGAAGCAGAAGUGGACUUCCGAAGAAGAAGAAGCGCUGCGAGCCGGCGUCAAAAAGCACGGCACCGGCAAGUGGAAGAACAUCCAAAGAGACCCCGAGUUCAGCCACCUCCUCUUCUCUCGCUCCAACAUUGAUCUUAAGGAUAAAUGGAGAAAUUUGACUGUUAGUGCUAGUAAUGGCCUGGGGCCUAGAGAAAAAUCAAAAGCACAAAAAGGGAAGGCAAUUUCUGACGCUCCUGCCACACCACUGCCCAUCACACAAGUUCCUGCUUCUUCAACUCCCCUUUCGCUUGAGGUGCCUGCUGAUGUGGCUGCUGAUGAUUCCUCAAAAUGUUUAUUGGACGGAAAAACAGCCUCAAAGUAUAAUGCGAUGAUUUAUGAAGCACUUUCAACUCUAAAAGAGCCAAAUGGAUCAGAUACCAGCACUAUUGUUAAUUUUAUUGAGCAAAGACAUGAGGUGCCACCAAAUUUCAGAAGGUUAAUAAGUGCGAGGUUAAGAAGGCUUGUUGCACAAGAAAAACUUGAAAAGGUUCAGAACAGUUACAGAAUCAAGAAAGAUCUCUUAGAGGGGUCAAAAACUCCUGUUCCAAAACCCAGAGAUGUCCAGCCUAGGCAAGCUCAAAGCAUUGGCUAUCUCGCUGAUACGGUUGAAGAAGCAACUGUAAGUGCUGCAUACACAAUUGCUGAAGCAGAAAAUAAAUCAUUUGUUGUAGCUGAAGCUGUGAAGGAAUCAGAAAGGGUCUCGAGGAUGUCUGAAGAUGCAGAAUCUAUGCUUCAGUUGGCGCAUGAGAUUUUUGAUAGAAGUUCGCAUGGUGAAAUGGUGCUAGUGGCAUAGAGUACGUGGUCUUGUUCGUUUCCUGUCAUGCAAGCUCCUGUAUCUGAAACUUGUAAAUGCUCCAGUUUAUGAAGGGUCCUGGCCGUGUAACUAAAGUAAAACCAGGAUGGUUCUGAAUCAACCAAUAUUAGACAUAAAAGGUUGCCAAAUUGUGCUGAUUGUGAGAAAUCACCUUGAUUUUUUGGAAUUUUGGUAACGCAAUUUUGGAAGGUUUUUACUUCAUUCAUUAUUGAUUUAAAUUCUUUUUCCCUUGGAAGA